AUGGCUUCCUCCAUUGCAAAAGUGUUGCAGCUCCUCUGCAUAAUCUUCUUCUCAACAACCUGCAGUGCUCUCCACAAUUCUUCUUCUUCUUCUUCCACAAAUACUACUAAGUUCAAUCCCAACUUGUCUUCAAUAAGAUCAUUCUGCAAGUCCACUCCAUACCCAGAUGUUUGCUUUGACUCAUUGAAACUUUCAGUCUCAAUAAACAUCAGUCCUAACAUCAUAACCUACCUCCUCCAGUCUCUCCAAGUCGCGAUAUCCGAAGCCGGGAAGCUUUCUGAUCUUUUCUACAAGGCUGGACAGUACUCAAAUAUCGUUGAGAAGCAAAAGGGAGCUAUCCAGGAUUGUAAGGAGCUUCACCAAAUCACACUCUCUUCUCUACAAAGAUCCGUCUCUCGGGUUCGAGCAGGCAACACCAAGAAACUAAAUGAUGCAAGAGCUUACCUCAGUGCUGCUCUUACAAACAAGAACACAUGCUUGGAAGGCUUGGAUUCUGCUUCUGGCCCUAUGAAGCCGGCUCUAGUAAAUUCCUUAACUAGUACAUACAAGUAUGUUAGCAAUUCUCUCUCAGUUAUCUCAAAGCCAAGGGCUCCAAAAGGCGGUACAAACCGGCGUCUCUUGGCUGUUCCAACAUGGAUGUCAAGGAAAGAUCGCCGGAUCCUGGAGAGCUCUGGCGACAAAUAUGAUCCAAGUGAAGUUCUAACAGUUGCAGCAGAUGGGACUGGGAACUUUACCACCAUCACUGAUGCUGUUAAUUUUGCUCCAAAUAAUAGUUAUGAUAGAACAAUCAUCUAUGUCAAGGAAGGCGUUUAUGUUGAAAAUGUGGAAAUCCCAAGCUACAAGACCAACAUUGUUCUUCUUGGAGAUGGAAGAGACAUCACUGUCAUAACUGGUAACAGAAGUGUGGUUGAUGGCUGGACCACAUUCAGAUCUGCAACCCUAGCUGUUUCUGGAGAGGGGUUUCUGGCAAGAGAUAUAACAUUUGAGAACACAGCUGGACCAGAAAAGCACCAAGCUGUUGCUCUCAGAGUGAAUGCAGACUUUGCUGCAAUCUACAAGUGCAUCAUCAAUGGCUACCAGGACACAUUGUAUGUCCACUCUUUCAGACAAUUUUACAGAGAGUGUGACAUAUUUGGGACCAUAGAUUAUAUAUUUGGCAAUGCAGCAGUGAUAUUCCAAGGAUGUGACAUUGUAUCCAAGAUGCCAAUGCCCGGACAGUUCACGGUCAUCACAGCACAAUCCAGAGACACAGCAGAUGAAGACACGGGAAUCUCCAUACAGAAUUGUUCAAUUGUGGCCACUGAUGACUUGCACUCCAGCAUUGUCAAAAGCUACCUAGGCCGGCCAUGGAGGGUGUUCUCUAGGACAGUGUACCUAGAGUCCUACGUUGGUGACUUUAUUGACCCAACUGGGUGGAGACAGUGGUCUGGGGAUCUAGGGUUGGACACUUUGUACUAUGGAGAGUAUGAAAAUUAUGGGCCUGGUUCAGGGACAGAAAAUAGGGUUAAGUGGACUGGAUAUCAUAUUAUGGAUUAUUAUGAUGCAGCAAACUUCACAGUAUCAGAGUUUAUUAUUGGUGAUGAAUGGCUGCAGGCCACUUCAUUUCCUUACGAUGAUGGCAUCUGA